GCCGUCGCCCCCAGCAGCUCGCAGCCGUUCAGUUUGGAUCCAAUGCCAAGCCGGCAGCAGCACGACUCGCUACUAAAGGCCGCCCAGUGCUUGGUGGCGCCCUCCAGCCCCCCUGACGUCUCGGCGAUCUCCGAGCGCUUGGCGGCUCAGAACUUGCAGCUAGAGGCCGAGAUGCAAGAGUUGCAGCGGGUCAUUGAGGCCCAGCAGUUGAACAGUGGGGGCCCGGAUCUCUGGCAGCCCCUUGCUGGGGUCGUCCACGAGUCGCGAAGCAAGCUCCGAAGUUCGAUGCAGCAGCAGCUGCAAAGCUCACAGGAGGCUUUGCAGGACUUGCGGAAGGGCAUCCUGGAGGCAGACGCCUCGCUGCGCGAGGAGCGGCGAAAGCGCCGGGACUGUGCGCGGCAGCUCCGGGAGCGCGAGGGGAAAAAGAGG